CACCCCUCUGCUCGUGGCUUUUCCCCCUUUUCCCCUCCCUCUCCUCGUUCUUGCUCCACGCCCGUGGUCACAGGGAUGGUCCCGGGUUCUCCCCUCUGCCUGGAGAGCAUAAAUACCACUGGGGAGCUCUGCGAGACUGCACUUGGUCCGAGUUGCUGAGCCCAGACCUUGCACAUCUCGUGCCUCCUGAGGCUUAUUCCAUCCUUUUCCCCCCCUCCUCCUCGUUUAAAUAUUUCAGAGACAUUAAUUUAUUUCCCACAAGCAGGCUUGGAGGAGCUGCAAUUACCUGGAGACUUGGAAGUACUCAGCAAGACCUGCACUGAGCCACGGGAGUCCCUGCAGCAAAACCCACCAUCACCUUCAUCUCUGCUUCUGCUGGCAGCAUGACUCCUGCCCUGCCUUGGAUCAUUCCUCUUGGAUGUGUGCUGCUGCUGACAAAGACAGCUGAGUGCUUUAUCCUGCCCAACUCGAGCCACCUGGAGAGCAUCCUGAGUAAAUACCAGGAUGGGGAAGCUCACUCCAGGUCCAAGAGAGCCAUUUUAUUCUCAGACAGACAGGAGAUACUGAUGCUCCACAAUAAAUUAAGAGGUCAGGUGUAUCCAGUGGCCUCCAACAUGGAAUACAUGACCUGGGAUGAGGAGCUGGAGCGGUCAGCACACGCCUGGGCUCAGCAGUGCAUCUGGGACCACGGGCCCAGCGACCUCAUCAGGUCAAUUGGGCAGAACCUGGCAGUCCACUGGGGCAGGUAUCGAUCUCCAGCAUUCCAUGUGCAGUCCUGGUAUGAUGAAGUGAAGGAUUACACCUUCCCAUACCCCCACGAGUGCAACCCCUGGUGCCCAGACAGGUGUACGGGUGCCAUGUGCACACAUUACACCCAGAUAGUCUGGGCCACCACCAACAGGAUUGGCUGUGCUGUGAAUGUCUGCAAGCAGAUGAACGUGUGGGGGGAGAUUUGGGAGAACGCUGUCUACCUGGUCUGCAACUACUCCCCCAAGGGCAACUGGAUUGGAGAAGCUCCAUACAAGACCGGCCGUCCCUGCUCCGAGUGCCCGCCGAGCUACGGGGGGAGCUGCCAGAACAACCUCUGCUACAAAGCACAAGUCAUUACCUGUGAAACCAAGAUGAGAGACAAGUGCAGAGGCUCAACGUGCAACAGGUAUUUGUGCCCAGCUGGCUGCUUGUACAGUAAGGGAAAGAUCUUUGGAACAUUUUAUUACGAAAGUUCCUCCAGCAUAUGUCGUGCUGCAAUCCACUAUGGAAUCCUGGACAACAAAGGAGGGCUGGUGGAUAUCACGAGGAAAGGGAGGACACCUGCUUUUGUGAAGUCCACCAGGAAUGGUGUGGAGUCAUUCAGGUACUUUUCCAAAGUCACAACACAGACUCUGGAUUGUUACACCACAGUAGCUGAGCUGUGCCACUUCAAAAAGCCAGCGAGCCACUGCCCAAGGAUUUACUGCCCAGCCCACUGUAAGGACGAGCCGUCGUACUGGGCGCCCGUGUUCGGCACCAACGUUUACGCCGAUAGCUCCAGUAUCUGCAAAACUGCAGUGCACGCAGGGGUCAUUUCAGAUGAAAGAGGAGGCUUUGUGGACGUGAUGCCUGUAGAAAAGAAGAAAACCUACGUUGGCUCCUUAAAGAACGGCGUCCAGUCAGAGAGCUUGAAGAACCCUUCAGAUGGGAACGCCUUCCGAAUCUUUGCUGUGAAGCAGUAAAAACCCCCAGGGAAGGUGCAGGUUUCUUUGGGAGAGCUCUCUGUUGAUCUCCAGAGACGCCAAAGCUCCUCUGAACGGCAUCAGCUCUGCCCGUACCCUCCUUGCCGAUCUCCUUCAGGGAAUUCCAAAAGAAAAGGGGAAAAAAAAAAUACCCCCAAAAAAAGACCCCAGGUUCUGACUCAGCUGUUGGCAUCUCAUCGCACCUGUGCAGCGUUGUAUCUUUUUGUCUCGUGUUUUUUGUUUCUCUAGGGGCAUUCAGCGACCAUAAACUGUUGUAAGUUUCAUUUUACCAGAGGUGUUGCUAUGCAGGACGGCGGUGGCUCCAUAUGCAGCAGAUUCAGGGAUCUCAGCCUGGCCCUGGAUGGUGUUUUUAGGGUGUGAAGCUUCUCCUGGGAUGGGUGUGAGGAUGAGCAGACUCGGGAGUGAGCGGCUGUCCAGGUGCUGGACACUUUGAAAUGAGAAGCUCGUUGAAAAAUUGCAUUGUUUGGGGAGAGGAUGGGCUUUGACAGAGUGAUUUUGUGUAUGUUGGAUGGUUUACGUGCAAAAAAGGAUAAAAAGUGGUGUUUUCCCACUGAGGUUGAUGUGCAGCAGUGCUGCUGGGCGAGGCUGCUGGGUACCUCAAAUGAUGGGGUUUGGGCAUGUUCUUGGCAGCCAAAAUUGAGGUUUUGUGGGCCUGGAGCAGGAUGCAAAACGGUGGCAGAGAUCCUCACUGCAGAAAAUGAGGCCACCAGAUCAUCCAAAGAGCAGGUUUGGUGUUUGCUGGUCAAACACUCCCAGGUAUUUUUGGCAACCUCUGAGCAGUCAGAGAAUUGGGGCUCCUGUGCUGGCACAUCUCACCUAUACUCCACGCCAUAACUUCAGUUAAAUGCAGUGUAUUGGUUUAUACAGCAGUGCUGGUUGUUUUAUAGUAGUUAAGUAGUGAUAAAAUUAAUCUUAUUUCUGCUAGGAAUGGUUGCAUCUGUAGGAAACAGGUUCACUUUCCCUUUGUGAAGCUCCUUGUGGUGUGUGCGGUUCUGAGGCUUUAAAGAUGCGGCAUAAAUUGGGGUAGGUUAAUUUUCCCAGGAAUUUCCAAUUGUGGAGCCAACAGAUCCCCACUUUCAGUGCAAUUGCUGCACCCAUGAGCAUUUGAUAUCCAGGAUGGUGGGUUUUGCAAAACUCAUAAGUUGUUGUAAUGGUGUUAUUCCAUAUUUUGAUAUUUUUGUCUUGACCCAAAUGCAUUUCAGAGCCAAGAGAAGGGCUCAGCAUGAGCUGCUUUUUUAAGGUAGAAGGACAAUCUCUGAUACAUAUUGGAAAUGAAUUUUUAUGAUUGGUCUAAACACAAAUCUGGUGUGUUUUGAUACACACGCAUCCAAUAACUUCAUCAGCCAUGAGAAGACAAAGCCAGCAGUGGUUCUUCAGUUUUUGUAAAUGCGCAGUCCUUCUGUUCAAUAACUGAAUUGUAAUAUUGGAUAACAAAUGGGAAAAUAUUUCCCUCUGUUUGGCAGAUGUUUCACAGCUGCUCUUAGGCCCAGAACAUGUUUGGUUUAACCUAGACAGAUAUGAGAGCCAUCUCAUCAAGCUCUUUCAAAACACACACCAGAAGCAUUUAUAUGAUUAAAUGCUUCUUUAAUUCUGUAAACACCAUGAAAUCAGCAAGGAAAUGACAUUUAAAUGACAUUCAUCACUCAGUUUGCCCCACCAUCAGGAUUUAUUUCUCCAUAAAAUCUGAAUUUGGAAAGAAACCUUUUGUAAAACCUGAAAUUGGAGCUGCUUUUCACUGUCUCAAAAAAUACUGCACAGAAAAGCCACUUUUGGGGUGGAUAGAGAGAAAUGAGCCUUUGUGUCAUCUUUGUUAAUGUAGUAUUGUCAUCCAAGGUGUACAGUAUUGACUUUAGAUAGGAAAACUGAACCAUUUCCUUUUCUUACUAAAUAAAUUGAUGUUAAAACCAGCUGGAACAUAUCCUAGAAAAGCUGCUGGAAGGGAGCAUGUGAGAUGUGGGCAGUGAGGAGAAGCUCCCCUGUUUCUGCCCGCUGUGAAGCGUUGGGGUGGGCAUGGUCUGGUUCCAGCCCAUCCAACACUGCGGCAAGAAUCUGGGACAUCCUGGGCCAAAUGGGCUGGGAACGGAACUGGGGAGAGUGAGAGCUGCAGUCAGUUCAUGGGGACUGCAAGAGCACAUAAAACACCUCGACUCUAGCGUGGGAUCCAUGAAAAUUACGGAUGGAAGGUGAUGGAAAGGACUGUGAGGGCUCUUGGAGUAAAACCCAGGGGAUUACUGAGAGCACAUAAAAAUCCAAACAGCUGGGGAUGUACCUAGGUGACGGAAAGGGGACAGGGGAAGGGUUAUUAUUCCAACAGAAAUAUCCUAAAGUGCUUAAUUCAAGUUAAAAUUGCGUAUUUUUAUCUUCAGCCAACUGGUUUGGAUUUUUAGAAACCGAUGUUAAUUUAAGUCUGUUUAUCUGUUUAUUUUUGUAUUUGUUGUACAAAAGAGAAAUUGUGACUUUACUACACAAAUAUUUUUCGAGGUCCUGGGUGCUAUUAAUUUAAACAUACCUCCCCCAGAAUUAGGGGUGAUCAGGUCCUCCAAGGCAGUCAUGACCUAUCAAUGACUUGCAAUCAUGUGUGCUAGCUAUUCAUGAAUAGGUGGGACAGUACCAGUUUUUUAGCCAAAUAUUGACAGAUUUUAUUUCUGAUACCAAGACAUUUCUCAGCCUGCUAUAUUUCAGAGCAGCUUAAAGAUGCAUCACACCUGUAUCUCACCAGGCCCUCUCCUCCUCAGCCCCAGCUCAGCAGAUCUGUAGGCACCUGAAGCAUCCAGGUGUAGCCAAAGCUGAGGCUGCCUGGUUGUUCUUUUCCAGUAACUUGGGGUUUGGAAGCAAUGGCAUGGUCAUUGCAGAGCACCUGGCUCAGCCCAGUCUCCAGGAAACACAACCAGGGUGAAAUCCAGAGCCUGUGCUGGUGGGGUCUUGGCUCCAUUCAUUCCUUCUUUUUAAGACUUCCAGCCAACAGCUGGUUGAGGAGGCUCCAGUUUGUCACUUGUGCAGUCUAAAUAUUUAGGGCCAGUUCAUAGAGUUGCUUUUCUUUUUUCUUUUUUUUUUUUUAUUUUUUUUAUUUUUCUUUUUUUCUAUGAAAAACGGUGUAUUUUACUUCCUAUGUAUAAAAGUUACUUGUAAAUUUUUGUGUGCCUUUGCAUGUUUUCCAAGGGGCUGUGGUUGUUUAUAAACUAGAUUUUUUUUUUUUUUUGUCUAAACACAGAAUUGUAAAAUAUCUUUUCCUCCCUACCCUUCCAUUUUCUUUUGAUUUCUGAAUUAUUUGUGAAA